UGAAUAACUGAAAUCAUUCAAAUUUGGACAAUCUCAUAAAUCUUCUUAAGUGAAUUAACGAAUGAUAAAUCUAACACAAAAUCUUGUUUAAAAUGGGUGUACAAUAAAUUAUUGUACACCAAGCCCAUAUUAGGCAAUCCCGAUUAUUUGGCACGUGUGAAGUGUAAUUUUUUUUUUUUUUUUUUUAAUUGGGGGAAGGCAAUCCCGAUUUCAUUCGUUCUUCUUUCUUCUUCGCUGUUCUCUCUUUUCUCUCUCCUCUCUCCCUCUUCUGCGAUUUGUGCUGCGAUUUGUGCUGCGAUUUCUUCGCGAUUUCAACUGCAAUUUCUCUCUUCUGCAUCUCAACCGCAACUUCUUGCGAUUUCUUCUGCAAUUUCUUCGCGAUUUUGCUACAUUUACCUCGACAGUUCAUCCAGUGAUUUUUGACAUCAUUGAAUCAUGCCGAGAAGUAAAACUGUUAAUGUGAAGGAGAUUUUACAAGAAGAUGAUGACAUUCAAUAUCCAGAUUCAGAAAAUAUUGAAUAUGAUGACGAUGAUGACGAUGUUGUUUAUGAAGAUGAUGAGGAUGUUAAUACUGAUGAGGACCAGGACGAGAACUGGGAACAGGAUGAGAACGGGGACGAGGACGAGGACGAGGAUGUUAAUGCUGGCUUGGUUAAACCGACAGGCAAAGGGAAGAAGAAGCCGGGAGUCAUGGUUAAGAGUGAGUUGGUUGAAAUAAAAACCAAAGGGAAGAAGGCAAGGAUUAAGGCUGAGGUUGAUGCUAAUGUUCCUGUUGAUGCUGAAAAUGAUGUCCAGAUCUUGGAUGGGGGUUGCAGUACUUCAAACUUGACUACCCAGUGUAGACCAACUGCUUUGUUAGCUGUCAUAGAAACAUUCAAUUCAAAUCAAAUUAAGUCUGUUUCAGAAAUUGGAUUCGGUUGGUUGUUAUCUUUACCUACGCAAACUUCAAAGUUAGAUACAACAUUAUUUCCCUGGUUGAUUGAUCAUUUUGAUCCUGUUAGUUGGUUGUUUAAAAUUGAAGCUGGAAAGGAAUUCAUAUUUAGUCCAUGUGAUGUGCAUGAUGUGUUUCUUCUCCCAUUACAUUCUGACAAUCCUAUUGUAGAUAGCAGCACUAGGACUAAGGAUGUAGGUUUGAAAAAUCAGUGGAGAGACUACUUUAAAGUUAAAAAAAAUGCAACCAUUCCAUUGCGUCUGUUGGAGAUUAAGAUGGGUGAAUUAGUGGAAGGUGGAGAAAUGUUCAAGCGAAUAUUUGUGAUGUUUGCAUUCUCUGUUUUCUUAGCUCCUAUAGCUAAUAGGACUGCUGAUUUGGGUUUAGUUAAAGUUCUUGAGGAUGUAGAUGAAAUAAAGAAUCUUGAUUGGUGUGGAUAUGUCCACGAGAGACUUUGUCGGGCUAUUAGGAAGCAUAAAACUUCAGGCUGCCAGGGUAACGUUGGUGGUUGUUUAUGGGUUUUACAAGUUGUCUAUUUUCAUCGCCUUCAAUUUAGAGGCAUUGCAGAGAGUUGUAGUCUUCCGUUGAUGAAGCAUUGGUCUGGUACUAAAAUUCAUGAAAGGCUUGUUUUGGAAAAGGAUUCAGCUUGCUUUGGCAGUGGUUUAUUAAAUACAGUGACCUACCCUGUUUGUCAAAAGUUGGGUUUUGAAGAAGGUUUUGCCAAGAUUUGUGGUAGGCAUGAUGCUGUGAACGAUGAUGAGAACCAUAUACGGUUCGUCAUUCCUGAUGGGCAAUUGUCAAAUUCAGCAAUUCAAUCAAUUUCAAUUGAUGAAAUGCAUGCGGAGUUUUUGAGAAUGAAGAGGAACUUGGAAAUUGUUUCAAAUUUUCAUUUGAAACAACUUGAAGCUGUAGCAGCACUGAGGCGACGUUCAUCUCCAUCGCUGCCGGAUGAUGAUUUGGAUCCAAGGUAUUAUGCCAUGAUGCAAGAAUUGGCUGAGAUGGUAGUUUCAGUUCAGUCUAUGCCAGGAGGUUUGGAGAACAUAUAUUGUGAUGGAAAACCUAAUGCUAUACCUCAAGAUGAUAGUCCAAAUAAAAAGAUCCAAGGAGUUCUUGAUGAAAUUAAUGUCAAUGAAACUGCUAACAAGACUGCUGUACAGUGUGAAGAACCUCGUAUUGUUGAUGCUACCACUGAUCCAGCUCAGCAGACCAAUCAAGGCGCAACUUUGGAGGUUGAUGUACAGCCAAGCUUAUCUGAGCAGCUGGUUGUACCUCUUCCAAUUGUUGAACCUCUUCCAAGUGUUGAACCUCUUGCAAGUGCUGAAACUGCUCCAAAAGAAUUAAAAGUUUACGAGCCUACUGUCGGUUAUCAUUCCAUUAUACACUCUUCUUUAGCUGAUGGCAAGGCUAAAAUUGGAAUUCCAUGUGGAAAGGUUAACACUGAACCAUUCCUUGUCGGACAUUUCAUGCGUUUCUACAAGAGGAACAUGAAACGUUUGCCCGAGUUGUAUCAAGAAGUUGCUGAUUAUUGCCUUCUGGAUGAUCCUGUCGUAGUGAAGGCAGAGGAAACUUUGGUCUGGUUUGAUACCGUACAUAUGAUUCAAAGAGAGGAUAUGUUGUCACUUGCUGAAGAUCAAGAGAUCUAUUUGUCUAUUAUUGAGUGUUGGGCAUUAAUGAUAAAUGCAAAUGAAAUGCAACAUGCCUCACCGCCUUCAAAAUUCUGUUUUGGUGUCCGCCAAAGUGAAAUUUUGGAACUUCUUUGGCAAGAUUCAACUAACGAGGCUGCUAUGGAUCAGCUUCUAAUUUGUUGGAAAGAGUGGAUUGAUAUUUACAACAAUGGCUUUGACAUCACCUGUGUUGAUCUGGUUUUUGUUCCUUUUUUUCGAGAACGCCACUUUUUCCUAUUUGUGUUGAAUUUGAAAACCAAAACGAUGCAACACGUGGACAAUCUUGUGUAUGAUGAAGCUCAAAUCAUUGAUUUGGAAAGUUUUUCAACAACUCUGUGUGAUCUCCUGGGUACUUUCCUUGAUGAUAGAGGCAAUAAUCAUGAAGGUGAUAUUGGAACGUACCCCAUGGAGGAGAUUGAGUUUGAUUGGAAGACUGCAAAAGGUUCUGACCUUGAUUGUGGAAUUUAUACAAUGAUUAGUAUGUUGACAUUUGAAGGAAUCAAAUGUAGCUGUCCUGAUUUGAAAGAGCCCCGUAAAAGGAUUGUUCUGCGUGCCGAAAUAUGUGCCACACUUGUGUUAUCUGACAUGAAUGACAAACGGGCAGAAGUUCUCAAUAAACUUGCUGAUUUCAAUUCCAAACGAGUAGAUGUCUAUCCACAUGUGGUAACCAGGAGGAAGCAAAAAUUGGCAAAUGAUAGGAAGUUGAAGAAAGAAGCUGCCAAAAAGGAGAAGGAAGUUGAAAAGAAAGCAGAGGAGAAUGCCAAUGAGAACAAGAAACCAGAGGGUAAAAUUGCACAGGAGAAUGCCAAUGAGAACGAGAAACCAGAGGGUAAUAUGGCAGAGAUGAAUAACAAUGUGGCAGAUGUGAAUGAUAAUGCGGCAGAGGGCAACGAACAACCGUUGAAGACUUUUACUUCAAGAAAACGUCUUAAAAGGAAUGUAGCAGAUGCAUCUGUCCCCGAAAAUGUAGGACCACCAGAGAAGAAGCAAGCUCCUACCAAACGGACGGCAAAGAAACCUGCAGCAUGAAAUUUUAAUAUUAGUUUUAAAGUUCAUCAAAACUCUAAGUACAAUAAUCUUAACUUUUACAUUUUCACAAAAAUAUUUCUCUAGAGUAUAAUGCCAUUUUUGUGUAUAUAUGGCAUAUAAUUUUGGUUUUUGGUGAUGUUCAGUAGAACAUGGAAACAUGUAUUUUUAAAGUUGUUGAUUCUAUGGUUAAAGUUAAGAUUAUUAUUUUUAAA